AUGCGCUGCAGCCCUUUCCACCACCAGUUGUCGGACAGCGCGCUGGGCUCCUCCUUCUCCAAGACUAGCCCUGCUCCCCACCUCCUCCCACCCAGGGGCCCCGCCCCCUUGGCCCGGCGUCCAUACCGCGCCUGCGCGCUCCCGCCCGGUCUCCAUCUUGGAAUUGGGAGGAAGAGGGAGAGGGAGACUGGGACGAGACCGGGGCUGUGGUGCGGAGAGCCUGAGACUGAGAAGAGGAGAGGGGGAGAGGGCACGGGGACCGCCCUUAGCUACAGUCUUUCAGCUGUCCUCGGGAAAGAGAAGGGGAAAGGGAGGGGGCCGGGGCGGGAGUGGGGGCUGUCACCCUCGGACCCCGGCGUGAGAGGGGCCGUGCGGUCGGACGUCCUCGGGGUAGGCCCCCUGUCGGUGGCCGAACACCUGGGGCUCAGUCCCUUCGGUCCCGAAUUUCCGGGCCUGACCCCACGCUUCUCAAAUAUCCGGGUCUCAGCCCCUGAGAUUCCAGAUAUCCGGGACUCGGGUCCCAACCUCUCUAAACCUGGGGCUCUGUUUCACAGGGUUUCAAAUAUCUGGGGUUCAGGACCCUGCGUGCACCAGUAUCCGGGGUUCAUUCCCCACGAGUUCAAAUAUCAGAUUCGGCCUCCCCCUGUUCAAAUAUCUGGAGUUAAGACCCCACAAUCAGAAAUCCGGGACUCAGCAACUGUCGCCCUCGAGGAAAAGGAGGACUGGACCGCGAGGUCAGAUCAGGUUGUCACCCCCUCCCCUCCAGGGGAGGCUUCCCGGGCCCGCCCCUUAGGAAGGGCGAAAGCCGAGGAAGAGGUGGCAAGGGGAAAGGUCUCCUUGCCCCUCUCCCUGCUUGGCAGAGCCGCUGGAGGACCCCAGGAGGAGGCGGAGGCGCUGGGGCACCAUAGUGACCCCUACCAGGUUUAG